CACCAAGUAGGCUCUUCCGAAUCAUAUGUACAAAUUGCUGGUGAGAAGAUGAAAUUCUCUCAAACCAUCCCAUUAGGCUGACUCAAAAUGGUUUUCCUGUGUGUUCAUGUCACAUCGCUUGUUAUGGUGACAUUUCGGCUGAAUUCUUUUGAAAUGACUGACCCAGCAAAACGAAAGGCAGGCCUACCUUAUCGCUUCGUCAAGUCGCUUUGCUGGUUCUACGGCAACAUACCAGAACAGCGCAAACCUUGAUCAAGUUGCUUGAUUUCAGUUUCGCUUGUCAUUACAUUUUCUAUCACUAGGGAGCGACGCAGCUCUCCCUUUCCAACAAAGCAAAACUGCCAGGUUCUAAUGACCAACAGCGUUGAACUCAAAUUCUUACUGCAGCUGAAACUGUCAGACAGACAGACGCAGUCUCUCAGUCUCUCGAACACCUGUCCGGCGUGUAUGUGUGAGUGCGUGUUUCACUAUCUUCCCCACGUCGAUCUGCGGAUCGCGUCCCCUUAUCCUUCCCUCCCUCACCUUUCCGGGCAAGAUGGAUCAAAAGAAAGCAGAACCGGGGUCAUCCCACCGCAAUGGGAUCAACCGGGUUAUGCUGUACGGAGAAUUCACGGCCACCGACAACAGAAAGGUCAGGUAUACUCUCUGUUUGACGGAGCUUGACCUGACUGUUCAAAAGAUCACAUCGGCACCUGCGGGAUGGAGCAAGGUGGUCUUCAACUUGAGAGACUGUAUAGGUUGCCAAGCCUUCAAGGGAGAUGAUAGCACAGACGUUGGAGCUUAUUUUUCCGCUUAUUUUUACCCUUUUAAGAAAAGAUGGAUGAGUUCCGGGGUGGCCCGUCAGAGGGUUGAGCAGUGUUUUCGUGUAGCAUUGGUACAGGACCCCCUUGCGAACCUCGAGGAGGCGAAGCGAUGGGCUCGCGCUAUCAACGAAUAUUCUGCCCAUCAGCGACCACACAGAGAGGGUGUGUUGUUCAGCCAGGUACGGCAGCCCGGAAGGCUCAUGGUUCUCCUGAAUCCUCAGAGUGGGAAGGGCCAGGCCCUGAGUCUCUACACGGGACACGUCCAGCGCAUGCUCGCCGAGGCCGGCGUCCCCCACACGCUGGUCAUCACCGAGCGGCAGAACCACGCCCGGGAGCUGGUGAGGGAGGCCGACCUGUCGCAGUGGGACGCCCUGGUCAUCAUGUCGGGCGACGGGCUGCUGUUUGAGGUGGUGAACGGGCUGAUGGAGAGAGAAGACUGGGAGACCGCCAUUCAGACUCCCCUGGGGAUCCUUCCGGGGGGUUCUGGGAACGCGCUGGCUGCCUCCAUCCACCACUACUCCGGGUCCCAGCCGGUGUUGAGCGAGGAGCUGCUGCUGAGCUGCGGCUUCCUGCUGUGUAAGGGGCUGGUGUCCCGCAUGGACCUGGUGUCCGUCACCACCGCCUCCAGCCAGCGGCUCUUCUCCUUCCUGUCGCUGGCCUGGGGCUUCGUGGCGGACGUGGACAUCGAGAGCGAGAAGUACCGGUGCGUGGGCGCGGCGCGCUUCACCAUGGGCACGCUGGUCCGGCUGGCCUCCAUGCGCGUGUACCAGGGCAGGCUGGCCUACCUGCCCGCCGAGGAGCCCGCCGCCCCCCCGCCCGAGGAGGUGUCCCCGCCCCUCCCUCCCCCCUCCGCCCUCUGCGCCUCCCUGCUCUGCCCGCCCUCCAAGGCCCCCUCCAACCAGAACACCUUCCACAACUCCUGCAACUCCAACAACGCCCUCAAAGCCAGGAGGGGGGACGGCCCCCCCCGCCCCGCCGCGGCGACCCCCAGGGGCCCCCCCGACUCGCUCCUGGUGCCCCUGGAGCAGCCCGUGCCCGGCGACUGGACGGUGGUGGAGGAGCAGGAGUUCAUGCUGGUGCUGGCCAUGUACCAGUCGCACCUGGGGGAGGGCAUGAUGGCCGCGCCCGGCUCCUGCCUGCAGGACGGCCUCAUCCACCUGCUCUACGUCAGGGCGGGCAUCUCCCGGCCCGCGCUGCUGCGCCUCUUCCUGGCCAUGGAGAAGGGGGCGCACGUGGCGAGCGGCUGCCCCCACCUGGUGUACGCCAGGGCGCGGGCGCUGCGCCUGGAGCCCCUCUCCCCGAGGGGCGUGAUCACGGUGGACGGGGAGUCGGUGGAGUACGGGCCCGUGCAGGCCCAGGUGCACAGCGGGCUGGCCCGGGUCAUCUGCGGCUGAGGACCACACGCACACACGCACACACACACACACACACACACACACACACACACGGGCACACACACGCACACACACACGCACGCACGCACACACACGCACACACACACGCACACACACACACACACACACACACUCACACACACACGCACACACACACACACGCACACGCAUGCACACACACACACACCACACACACACACACACGCCCACACACACACACACACACACGUGCACACACGCGCACACACACACACACGCAGUCCUGCACGCUGGUCCAAAACCAGCUCCUGCACACAAACACAUAUGCAGUCCUGCAUGCAGGUCCAAAGGCCUGACUCCUGAACUUUUAUUGAUUUUUUUUUUUUCAGUACCGAUAUUUUUCAAGUGCCAAAGUAGUGAGCCUUUGGAAUUUCUUUACAAUGGAUCUUUCCUAUAGCAUCAAGCCAGGGCCUGCAUUCAUUAAGAUUUGCUAGAGCAUUCCUGAGAAUUGAGGUUAUCAGAAGUGACAACGCGCGUUUCCAAAUGCAGCUUUUGAACCAUUCCUGGUACUGCAGUGAAGAUUGUACAAAGUAAUAUACAACAAUCCAAGGAUUAGGAUACCCCUCUUACUAGCUCUUUCCAUGCCUACCUGUUCAUUUCAAAUAUUAAAUUUGCAUCAAUAAUUAGGUUGCCAGAUGAAUAACUGCAUAAUUCAAAAAUAUAGCUGUAAUACUGAAUUCUCUGGGAUGAUGCUACCCAGUUCAAAGUAAUGUAUUCAGCAGUUUAUGAAUUAUAUAUUUAUGUCUUAAUCUAUCCAGCGGACAUUCUCGAUCUAUUCUCUAAUCUAUCACAUGGAUGUUUAAUCCAUAUUUAAUGCAUUUGGAAUGACUUUACAACAAAAGUGAUUUCAGGGUGGCCAAAGUAGAAUAUAAAGCGAAGUAACUGCAUAUGCAGCUAUUAAUUUGCCCAUUCCAUUCCUUUUGAAGGGAGGGAAAUUUAAAUCCCAUUUAUGACAGUUCCUAUAUGAACACUAAAUAGUUCCAAAGUUUGGUAACUGCUGGCAGUUAUCUGGAUAUCUGGAUACAACAAACAGCUUGAUAUCAGUUGGAUAUCAGUCCUGCAAUGCAGAAAUCAAAUGGAACUCGGGCAUUUAGCACCUGGAACAACCAGUGGAAGAGGAGGAGGAGAGGGUGGUCGCAUAUACAUACAGAAACUCAACAAACGCCUGGAAAAAUUUAAUUCAGCAAGCCAACUAAAAAUGUUAAAAAAAAAAAAAAAAAGUCGUAGUGUCGUAAACUCUCUUUAAAAGAAGGGAGAACGUUUUUGAACAUUUUUUUUUUGCACAGAUCAAUACAAUGUCUUUCGUGUUUAAAAAAAAAAAAGAGCUUGAACAAGGUUUCAGCUCAACGAAGUGAAGUGAUGAAGUGCUGCACGAACUCUUACAAGGCACAGACCUCACUCCGAGAAAUGAUUUGUCAUCUAGAGGGCGGUGCCACUAUUGCAGUUCCUUAAAGAGGGUCGAUGAACUGGGGCCAAUGACUGUUAUAUUGUACUGGUGACGAUUUGCAUUUAUAGUACAAUACUUGAACGCUGCGUUAAUUUUGCACGCCAUUGUCCCAGAUUGUGACCACUGUGUUUUCGCUUCUUUCUUUUUCUUGCCAAAUAACAUUUCUUGCCUCAACACAGCUGUUAAAUGAGACGGGCUAGGGACAGUCUUAUGUGCUGUAUGACAAUGUUCCCUACUGAAUAUUUGACAAAAGCAAUACUUACAUGAUGUGAUCGAUUACCUUCUCAGUAUAACUCAUUUUUCUGCUCUGAAACAGCUUUACUUUGGCUGUGAGUUUUUUUUUGUUUGUUUUCGGUUUUUAUGGGCACACUUAGCUCUGUAAAUGGCCCGCCUUCUCUUGGAAUUCAGCGCAGUUUGCAGCGCGCACGUCCGGGGCCGAGGGCUGUAGCGGGUAUGGACCUGGUCGUCCCUGCAGCGAGUGGGGGGGUGGAGGGGGCGCUGGUGGCAGAUCUAGUGUGACUCGGAGCAGCUGCAGCGCCCCUCGCGAGGCCGAGCGCAGCCGGGGACGUGCCGGGACGGAGCCGCGCCGCACCGCGCCGCGCGGACGCUGAGCCGGGGUGAGGAGUGCAGCGCGCACUCUGCUGUCUCGCUCGAUAAGCGUCACGCUUGGGCACUGAGCCGUGUUCCCCUCCCCUCCCCUGCCCCCCCCCGCCGCUGGGCAGCAGCACGCACCACCCGCACAGGCAGCCCCUUUUUUUCGACAGCGAUGUGCACUGGGUUAGCGAUGUGCGCUGUGUGUUAGCGAUGUACACUGUGUUAGCGAUGUACGCUAGGUUAGCGAUGUGCGCUGUGUUAGCGAUGUGCGUCGGGUUAGCGAUGUUCGCUGGGUUAGCGAUAUUCGCUGGGUUAGCGAUGUGCGCUGUGUGUUAGCGAUGUACACUGUGUUAGCGAUGUACGCUAGGUUAGCGAUGUGCGCUGUGUUAGCGAUGUGCACUGGGUUAGCAAUGUGCGCUGUGUGUUAGCGAUGUGCGCUGGGUUAGCAAUGUGCACUUGGUUAGCGAUGUACGCUAGGUUAGCAAUGUGCGCUGUGUGUUAGCGAUGUACGCUGUGUUAGCGAUGCACGCUGGGUUAGCGAUGUGCGCUGGGUGUUAGCGAUGUGCGCUGGGUGUUAGCAAUGUUCGCCGGGUUAGCAAUGUGCACUGUGUGUUAGCGAUGUGCGCUGGGUUAGCAGUGUGCACUGGGUUAGCGAUGUUCGCUGGGUUAGCGAUGUGCGCUGGGUGUUAGCGAUGCGCGCUGGGUGUUAGCGAUGCACGCUGGGGGUUAGCGAUGUGCGCCGGGUUAGCGAUGUGCGCUAGCUCAGCUGCCAUUUCCACUCGCGUAUUUCUGCUCACAAUGCAGUCGCCUUCGAUUUCCGUCCUCAGCGCUCAGUGCUCGCAUGUGGAGAGGCAAGGAGGGCUGAAGGUCGCCGGCGACGCGAAGAGUUUUUGUAUCCAGAGCAGCCACCGCCCUGCAGCUGUAAAAAUGCAAAGCGGCCAUCUUAGUCAACCGCGUUGCAGCCUCUGUGAAGUCACGCGUGCAUUUGUUUUUCUUUCUCCUUUUCUACCUGAGCAUUAAUCAGAUUGCUUUUAGGGCCUGGCGGGGGGUGGAGGGCGGGACCCGGGGGGGAGGCGGGGGGGUGCGUGGUCCCCCUGAGGGGCUGUGCUGAAAUGGCCUGGCCUUGCACUAACACGAGCGACCGGUUUGUUGCAUCAGGGUCUCAUUCUGGGCUGCAGUCAUCCUCCCCCCCCCCGCCCCGCGACCCCCCAUCCCUCCCCUCCCUCCUGCAGUGCUCCAGAGGAGUGUCCCAGUCCCCCGGCUGCCUGGGGGCACAGCUGCCACCCCACCCCGUGAGGGUCCCCAGCCAUCAGCACCGAUGUGUCCUUAUCUCAACGCUUUUUUUUUUUUUUUUUUUUGUUGAGGCAUAGCCGUUAGCGUACCAAGGCUAACGCGAGCCCUGAGCUCGUCACUCCCUCUCUCUUCUCUUUCGAGCAGGAGGCUGGUCUCCUCAUACCUCACACGGGAACAGCUCCCGCUGAACGAUCAUCCUCUCUCUCUCUCUCUCUCACUCUCUCUCUCUUCUUCUUUUCCUUUCCUCUAAAACACGAAAGGAGGGAAAAGAAAGCAUGGCUGACGACGCAGCGCAUGGGUCAGCGACUUUGUUAACUACUGCAUGAGAGGCCCGGCGCGGUGUUCUUGGCACAGCGGCUCUAACCGCGCAGGGACGCCAAUAAUUAGCAUAAUUUACCCGACGCGGCGGAAUGCGACGCUUUAUAUCGGGGGAUCAUCAGCUCUGGCCCUCGAAUCCAAAUCCAGCCCCUGGUUUUCUUUUCUCCCGGGUAAUUAGUGCUGCCGAUUGGCCGGACGGUUUUCACACCUGACUCCCAGGCAAAGGGAGGGUGGAAAACCAGCAGUUCUCGGCCCUCGAGUUGCUGAUCCCCGCUUUAUACAUUCAGGCAUUUCCCCCCCCCCUGAGUACUUUAAUAGGAGACGGUCGUGUUCCUGUGUCCGGGUGAGGGGGGGGGGGAUGUUUUAAAGCGUACACGAACCGCAGCAUGCUUCUGAACCCCUCUGAGGUGCCAUUGAGUGGUUAUCUGGGGCGGACGAAAGGGUGCGGUUUCCAAAAAUGCGACAGCUUGCGUGCGGCAGAGAGACUGUUUUGUAAUAUUUAAACCUUGCCGCCUUCUGGAGGCCCAGCAUGUGAAAGAGAGAAACGCAGAAGAAGAAAAAAGAAAAAAAUCUGAAGAAUUUUUUUUUUUAAAUAGACUGCACAUAAAUGAAGCACCUUCCGCGGACAUACUGUGAUUCAACAGGGGAAACUUACUGUAUCGUUUCUCCCACUGUGAGGUUGUACCUUUUUUUAAAAAUAUAUAUUUAUCCCGUGUUAUUUACAGAGUUGCCUUUAAGACAGUGCAAGCCGUGCUUUACCUUCCAUUUUGCGAUGUCACCGAAGGAGGAAGUGUGGUGGGUGGAACGGUUGAGAAUAAUUUGAUAAGCACAGGGCAUUGUGAUCGACGUGAUAAUGCUGCUUUAUAAUGUAAAGUGGAAGAAGAAGACGGCAGCCCUGUCGGUCGGGUCGGCGAAGGCGUCGGCGGGGGAAGCGUUCGCGCGGCCCGUGACGCUCGUCACUCUCCGAGCAGGGUGUCAUGUUUACAGAAUCAAUUUGUCGCGCGGUGUUUGGAAGCGCACGUCCUGUGUCGAGCGGUAGCUAUGCAAUUUGAGCGUGCCAGUCCUUCAGCCACUGUUCAGCAGUCCUGACACAGAGGAAUAAUGUAUGUACUGCAAAUUGGUGGUGGGUUUGUUUUUUUUUUGUUUUUUUGAUUGAAAACACUCAAUAGAUGGUAGUCAACAGAUAGAAAAUAAUUUAAAGUUGAAAUCUUUGUGUGUUGGGGGCUGUGAGUGGACUAUUUCUCCAGAGAGCACAGGAGUAAAAAAAUUAAGGUUGAUAUUUACAUUUCCAAAAAUCAUAUCUUCCCAUUCCACUGUGUUUUGAAUUUGUGGCUAUGAGGGCUAAUAGAACCGUGUUAAGCUCAUAUUGAAAAAUGAGUCCCAUUUACCUUCCUGACCCUAACAACUGGAAUACAAGUCCUCAGUGUGGCCCCAGCUUGGUCAAGGGUCUUUUUUUUUUUUUUCUUCAGUUUCUGCCAUUUCCUGCCGUCCUGACAACAGGCGUGAGUGAGUGUGGGCUGAACCUUUUUUUCCAGUCAACGCCUUUGUGGUGCUUGGAUCCAACCAGAAAGCUUUUGACACUCUUGUCACUGUACAAUUUUUUUGGCGCACGUAGAGAGCAAGCACACACACACACACACGGCGUUUGAUGGAAGGACGGAGAGAUGCUGACGUGUGUGUUUUGGGAAUGAACUGGUUUAGUGUCCCUCAGAAAGACACGCUUUCAGGUUGAACAGAAGAUGGUACAGACUGACGCUCCGUGCAUUCCUUCAGCUACAGCACCUGUGCUCUCACAACAUUCUGGAUUCUUUAUUAUCCUGUAGGUCCUGUGGUGUGGUUGGGGGAAUAUACAGUACUGUUUUUUUUUGUUAUUUUUAUUAUUUUUAUUAUUAUUAUUCAGAUAACCAAUGACAUGUCAAAUACAGAACUAUAUUUUUCCAUCUUUUGCAAAAUGUCUAUAAUUUUAUAAAAAUUGAAAAUUGUACUGGAGUAUUUCUAUUUGAAUAAAAUAAAAUCAGAAUUUUUAGAAA